GAAUGAAGGUUAGCUUGAAGAAGCAUUGGCUAGUGAAGCCAGCAGAGCCAACGUGGAAUGGCACUGUCUCCUUAUCAGAGUGUGAUCAAACAUUUUCUUUAGUUCACGUACCAACCAUAUAUUACUAUAGGCUUUGCCAUGAUUGUGAUACAUCAAUCAUCAAGACCUCACUGAGCAAAGCACUAGUACACUUCUAUCCACUAGCUGGCCGUUUGCGUUGGAUCGAAGGGUCUCGCCUCGAGCUCGACUGUGAUGCCUCGGGAGUCGUGCUCAUGGAAGCUGAAACUAAUGCCAAGCUAGAUGAUCUAGGAGAUUUCUCGCUUUCUCCCGAUUAUAGUAUUAGCUUGUUUCCUCGUGUAGAUUACACGAUCCCGAUUGAUGAACUCCCUUUGUUGUUUGUGCAGCUUACUAAGUUCCAGUGUGGUGGCAUUGCUCUCAGUUUUGCAAUCUCACAUGCUGUGGUUGAUGGCCAAAGUGCUCUCUGUUUCUUAUUCGAAUGGGCCAGGCUUGCUCUUGGAGAGCCAUUGAUGUCUGCUCCGGUUCAUGACCGGAAAGUUCUCCGAGCCGGGGAACCUGCCAUCAGACCUCCAACUUUUGAGCAUUUACAGUUUAAUCCACCACCACUUUUAAUAGGCAAGUCUAGCACUGAAUACGAGAAGAAAAAUGUAACGAAAGGGUCUAUGCUAAAACUUACUAAAAACCAAGUUGAAAUGUUGAGAAAAAAAGCGAACCAAGGAAGAAACUUAGAGGAUAAUAAAGAGCGUAGUUACACACGUUAUGAAGUGGUGACUGCUCAUAUAUGGAGAUGUGCAUGCAAGGCAAGAGGUCAUAAAUUUGAGAAGCCUACUAAUUUAUCCAUUUGUAUUGACAUACGCAACAGAAUGAACCCACCUUUGCCUAAACCUUACUUUGGCAAUGCCAUCAUUGAUGUCGUCGCCACCGGGGUCUCGGGCGACAUCGCCUCGGGACCAUUAGAGUGUGCUGCUAGAAGGGUUAGAACAGCCAUUGAAAUGGUAACAAGUGAUUACAUAAAUUCGGUGAUCAAUUUCUUGAAAAAACAGGAGGAUUUAUCAAAAUAUCAAGACAUUCAUGCAAUCAGAAGCGAGGAUGGGCCUUCCUAUGACAACCCUAAUCUUGCGGUGACAAGCUGGAUAAGUUUGCCACUGUUAGGGUUGGAUUUUGGGUGGGGAAAGGAGAUAUAUAUGAGCCCUGGAAUUGAGUAUGAUGGUGACUGCGUGAUACUCCCAGGGAAUGAAGGGCAUGGAUCUUUGAUUGUUGCAAUUGGUCUUCAAGCUGAUCACGGGGAAGCUUUCAAGAAAUUCUUUUAUGAAGACAUCAAAUGUUGA